GAGUUUCCUCGGGUUCUCUUUUUAUUUCUCCCCGAUUGGUUUAAACGCAACAUUCAACAUUGCCUCCUCCAAUUACUUCUUGCUUUCACUUUCUAUCAUUAUUUUUAUCUUUUUUUUUUUUUUUUUUACAUUUAAAGGCCCUUUGCAUUUAGCUGAAACAUUUCUUUUUCUCUCAAUGUUCCUUCAGCCCUCCACUGUCCUUCUUUCUUGCUAACCAAAACCUCUUUCUUUUCCAACACUUUCCUUUUUGAUUCUCUCCACAAAGGGAAAACAAAAUAAAAAGAUAGAAAAACCCAUUUUUAUUCCCUUAAUCAUUUAUUCCAUUAUUCCUUCCUAGCUAGCUAUAAUUAUAGUUGAAAGUUUUGGGUUGGGUUUUUGAUCCAAGGAUAUGGGGGUUUCAGGGAAGCCUCAAGUAGAUGGAGGGUUAGAAUCCGAUGGCAAAAAAUGGGUUAUUGCAGGGAUUUCUUUACGAGCUCCAUUGAAGCCUAUAUGUACAAACCCUCCAGUGGAGAAAGAUAAAGAAAGUGACGAUCACCAAGGAGACGAAUCGUGUUCAACCACACCAACGGGAGAAGGAGCUAGAAUUCAAACGAUAUUGACGUGUCCACCUGCACCAAGGAAGCGAAAACCUACUUUGAAGUGUAACUAUGGAAGUGUUAGAGAGUUCUUUACUCCUCCGGAUUUGGAGACUGUCUUUAUACGCCAUGUUGAAGGGGCUAAUUAUAACUAAUAUAUUCAUCAAAACAAGCUUGGCGCUUUGGCUUUUGCAUCCCACAUCUUGUCAUCUGCUUAUCGUUUUAUUAUACUCUUACUUUUCCUUUUUUUUUCCUUCUGUUUUAGGUGAUUUUGUACUGAUUAGUAGAAGUUUAUGUACAGGGGAAUUCAUAAAUAAAUUAACAUGGAAAUUUAGCUUCU